AUGACGGCGAUGUUUCUUCUAAACUAUAUACUUUUAGGAUUUGCGUUGUGCACGGGAAGUCCAAUUGUCAGUCAGUUAUCAAGCUAUGUGGAUAGACCAUGUGGAAAAGAUCCAAAACAUCUUUGGCUCGACAUUGUUGCAGUGGUUGAUAAUUCAAAAGAAAUGACUGAUGACGGGGUAUUAUCUAUUGCUGGAGAACUUUCUUCUCUAUUCUCUCACGCUGAACAACUUGGAAUCGACCCAAACCAACCAAGAACCACAAGAAUCGGAUUAGUAACCUACAAUGAAGAAGCAACUGUGGUGGCGGAUCUGAACAACAUCACGACAGCCGAUGAACUCUCAAAUACCUUAUUCGCUGCUCUGACGUGGACAUCAUCGGUUGAGCAUUCAUACCUACAAACUGGUUUGAAGGCUGCUGAUGAUCUUUUGGCAAAACAAAGUUUUAAUACUAGCAGAGGACAUUAUCAGAAAUUAGUUAUUGUUUAUGCAUCGGAAUAUAGAGUAUCUGGAACCCAAGAUCCUCUUCCAUUGGCCACUCGUAUGAAAACUUAUUUGACAAUUGCCACAGUUGCGUACCGCCAAGACAUUGUUGUUGGUUUCAACGACGCUCUGACCAAAAUUGCAUCGCCUGGAUACAAUUUCACAAAUUUCAAUGGAAAUAAUGUGGUUUCUGAACUCAAAACCACAAUGAUUCAAGUCAAUUGCUAUUGUCCAAAUGAAUGGUUUCAAAUGAGAAGCUCAUCCAAAUAUGGAGUAUGUAUUCGACCAUUUGCUACGAUGGCAACGAGAACUGCAGCAAGAUUAUCUUGCAGAAAUCAAUGGAAUAAUGCUUAUAUGCUCAAUGAGUUUACACAGAUGAAACAUGAUUUUGUUCUCCAGGUUAUUGGAAAUAUCACUACAUUCACGCAACCUUAUUAUAUCGGCUUAUCAUAUUCCAAUGGAAAUUGGCAAUGGGAUCAACCAAACGGGCAACCACUUAUACCACUUGAACACUGGAAUAAUUGGAGUCCCGGGUAUCCGACAGCUUCAUCGACCGACACGGCCGUAAUCAAUGUUAAUACUUCCUGGCAAAAUACAAACCCAUCUUUGUCAAACAUGUACAUCUGCGAAGUAGCAGCAUGUGAUUCGGCAAAUUACUGUGCCGCUGAAAAUAUAUAA